CGGGCCGAACAUCCCAACGGGACCAACAUUUCCCGGAUCGAGUUCGUUGAGAAAUGGGGGCUGACCCCUGUCCUCAAACCGAGACAGGACCCACGCCCCCGGGGUGCCAGCUUGGUAGACGGUGACGAUGCCGGAAAGUCUCUGCCGAAACUCAGUACCCAAGACGAAGACGGCUGUGGUCCAGGGGCAAAUCUUGGAACAGGCCUCACACACGGUCAUCCUCAACACUGUUCGGGGAGCGCGACAUUCGAACCGAUACCGCACGACCACGACUUUUGCGAAAGAGUAACAAUCAACGUGAGCGGUAUGAGGUUCGAGACGCAGCUGCGGACGUUGAACCAGUUCCCGGACACGCUGCUGGGAGACCCGUGUCGGAGGAUGCGGUACUUCGAUCCUCUGCGGAACGAGUACUUCUUCGACAGGAACCGGCCGACGUUCGACGCCAUACUCUACUAUUACCAGAGCGGUGGCCGGCUGAGGAGGCCAACUACGGUGCCGUUGGACGUGUUCUCCGAGGAGAUCAAGUUCUACGAGCUCGGCGAACUGGCUACCAAUAAAUUUAGGGAAGAAGAGGGUUUUAUAAAAGAAGAAGAGAAACCACUGCCAAAGCCUGAGUUCCAGCGGAAGGUGUGGCUGCUGUUCGAGUACCCGGAGAGCUCUCAAGCCGCCCGGGUGGUGGCCAUCAUAUCUGUGUUCGUCAUACUGCUGUCCAUCGUUAUAUUCUGCCUGGAAACGUUGCCAGAGUUCAAACACUACAAGGUGUUCAACACGACGACCAAUGGUACCAAGAUCGAGGAGGAUGAGGUGCCCGAUAUCACCGACCCGUUCUUCUUGAUUGAGACCAUUUGUAUCGUGUGGUUCACGUUCGAGCUGUCCGUCCGCUUUCUCGCCUGCCCCAACAAGUUGCACUUCUUCAAAGACGUGAUGAACACUAUCGACAUAAUCGCCAUAAUACCAUACUUCAUCACAUUAGCCACGGUGAUUGCCGAGGAGGAGGACCCAACGAUGAACCUGCCCAAGGCGCCGCAGAACCCGCAGGACAAAAGCACCAACCAGGCCAUGUCGUUGGCCAUACUUAGGGUCAUCCGGCUCGUGAGGGUUUUCAGGAUAUUCAAAUUGUCCCGACAUUCCAAGGGAUUGCAAAUUCUCGGGCGCACCCUGAAAGCCUCCAUGCGAGAACUGGGAUUGCUCAUAUUUUUCUUGUUUAUCGGUGUGGUGCUAUUCUCGAGCGCGGUGUACUUCGCCGAAGCCGGCUCAGAGAAUUCCUUCUUCAAGUCCAUCCCGGACGCAUUCUGGUGGGCUGUUGUUACCAUGACGACUGUGGGCUAUGGUGACAUGACACCAGUGGGCGUGUGGGGGAAAAUUGUCGGUUCGCUGUGCGCGAUUGCCGGCGUGCUCACAAUCGCACUGCCCGUGCCCGUCAUCGUGUCCAACUUCAACUAUUUCUAUCACAGAGAGACUGACCAAGAAGACAUGCAAUCGCAGAACUUCAACCACGUCACCAGCUGCCCUUAUCUUCCCGGUACUUUAGGUCAACACAUGGUGAAAUAUCCGUCGGGCGGUGACUCGACGUCGGACCUGAUGGACUUGGAGUCGGCCGACAAUUGUCUGCUGGACGCGGAGCUGGACGAACCGCCACUGACGUUGCCGCCGCCGCAGCAACCCAAAAAGUUCAACAGCUGCGCCACCGUGGUCAGGCUCAACAACAACAGCAUCAAGAGGUUCAGUGUCGAAACUGACGUCUGACUAGCAGUAUUCAAAUUGCAAUCCGGCGGCCGUCCAGGUCUCCAAACGCCUAUAAGGUGCUGUGCUGUGAUAGCUAAGAUGUUUCCUUCGUUAAGUUACCUCCGACAAGUUUAUUUAUAAUAUUUUUUUAAGCGAAUAUUAAUAACGAUAAUAAAAAUUGUACUCGAAAUCUCACUCUUUUGAUGGGAUAAUUUUCUAAUAAUAUAAUAUUAUGAUACAUAAUACAGCAAUUAUUAUUAUCCACAGCCGUGAGGAAAAAAAUACAAUAAACGGAUCGUCUCAAAUUGU